AUGAACGACGUGCCUCUCCAGUUUACUGAGCAUUUUUCCGAAGUCACGGAUCUAAUUUCCCGACUUCCCUUACCUACACUAUUCUAUCGACCAGAGGCUGUUCACCUUGGAGACGUGAUGCGGAUAUCGGGCCGUCCAGAGAACACGAGACAUCACAGAAACUGCGAUGCUUUACGGAAACAACGUCCCUGUCUACGGCUGAACCGAUUCCAGGGAGUCCGUUCCUCAACUAGAGAAGAGAACUCUAGCUCGGUCUUUGAGCGACGUCACCAAGUUCGAAUGCGUACCGACUUCCAUGGCCACCGUCCUGCUGUCUAUGUCAACCAACGCCUUUUACGGGUUCUCAUAAGGGAAAAGUUAGGCACCUUAACCCAACAUUUGGUUCAUCCCACUGCGCCAGUUUUAGGUAUCAAAAAUGGCCCACUUGGAGCUCGCGUUCGUGUCAACAGUUCAACACAGAAACCGAGACAACAUACCCAUUGA